AUGUGUUACCGAGAGAGUCAGACACUGACCAUGAGUUUGCGGGAAGAGUUGCCAUACCGUGUAGAGUACGCGAAGUCGGGUCGCGCCUCAUGCAAGUCCUGUAAGGAUCCGAUCGCCAAAGACUCGGUACGGCUGGCAGUGAUGGUUCAGUCGCCCUUCUUCGACGGUAUGCAACCCAAUUGGCAUCACUUCCAGUGCUUCUUCCAAAGAUGGCGGCCGCGACCCGAAGAGAUCGCUCACUUCGCGUCACUCAAGUACGACGACCAGAAGCGGAUCCAAAAGGCGUGCGACGACGCCUCCGGAGUGGUCGCAGACACGGGUAAAGCCAAUGGCAAGAAGUCACGCAAGAAGAAGGCCGACACGGAUGGCGGAUCAGCUCCCGCGCUGACCAAUGGCACCCAAUUGGCCGAAUUCAAAGUGGAGUACGCGAAGAGCAAUCGCUCGAAGUGUCGAUUGUGUGAGAAUACGUGCGUCAAAGACACCGUACGGAUCAGUCGACUGGACAGGGAGUCGGCCGACGCCAAGCGCUACGGACCGCUCGAUCGCUGGUUUCACGUCGAGUGCUUCGCCAGCGCUCGCGAGAGUCUUCAGUACUUCGCCUCCGGAGACAAACUGCCAUUCUUUGACAAAUUGGCUGAAGAGGACCGCAAAGAGAUCAAGAAGAAGAUACCGGCCAUCGAUGCGCCGCCGGCAGCGGCCGCUGGCGGUGACGCCACUGAUAGCGCGAACGGAUCGCCCGCUAAGAAGCCAAAGAUCAGUAACGCCGACGAGAAGAAGCUGAAGAAACAGUCGGAUCUACUCUUCAAAUACCAGGAAAACGUGAAGACAAUGAAAAAACAGGAUCUCAUUGACCUCAUGGACGCCAAUAAGAUCGAGAUUCCCGACGGUAUGCCCUCGAAGUACGAGCGCGUGUCCGACGCCAUGGCAUUCGGGGCGCUGGGCUUCACAGGGCUCACAUUCUUUCCUACAUGCCCUUUACACUCGGUUACCCGCUUUACGCUUAUGCUCUGGUGGCUAUUCGGCUUCUCCUUCGGGAACAAAGUGCCCAAAGAGUUGGCCGAAGAGUACGCCUUUCUCGCCAAAUACAAGUACGAACCGCGCGAUCGGAUCUAUAACGCGGUUCUUAAGCACGCCAUUGAGAACCCGAAGCCCUCCACUUCGGGCAUCACUGAUGGCGUGUUCGCCAAGAAGGAGGAGACCAAUGGCGGUGGCAGUAGUGGACCCGUUCUGGCGCUCAGCGGCUAUAAUAUAGGUUUAGUCGGAAAAGUGAAGACAUCGAAAGCCAAACUCAAGCCACGGCUGAAGACAUUGGGCGCCACUCUCGUUGACCGCAUCGACAGAACCACUCUCUGUAUUAUCUCAACGAAAGCCGCGGUCGACAAAGAGAGCGACCAAAUAACUGACGCCAAAGACCUAUCGGUUCCCAUUGUUUCGGAGGAAUUCCUGGUGGCGGUUGAGAAGGACUCGAAUCCCAUUCAAGCGAUUAGUUUGAAUCGUUUGGACGACUUCGAGGUCGACGUCGAGAAGCGGUUCGCGAAUCUGAACGUCAAGGAGAAGAUGAAGACAGCGUUCAAAUCGGGCGCCGGUUCUGGCCGUUUCGAGAAGAGUGGCGGCAAACAGAAGAUGGUUCUCAAAGAGGGCAAUGUUGUGGACCCGGAGUGCGAAGUGGCGGACGUGACCCACAUCUACAAACAGGGAUCAGACGUUUACAGCGUUGUCUUAAGCGCUGUGGAUCUGUCAAAGAACCGGAACUCCUUCUAUAAACUGCAACUUCUUGAACACGACACCAAAAAGACCAAGUAUUUUGUGUUCAAAGCGUGGGGACGAGUGGGCACAACCAUCGGCGGCACUACACUCGAGAAGUUCUCGACAGUGAGCGACGCCAUCGACUACUUCACCGAACACUACGUCGACAAGACUGGGAACGAGUGGUCGGCGCGACACCACUUCCAGAAAGUGCCCGACAAGUACUUCCCGGUCGACAUUGACUUCGGCGGCGAUCAGACCGACUCGACGGCCAAACUGGAGGUCGGGAAGCGGUCAAAGUUGGCGCUGUCUGUCCAGGACUUCAUUUGCUCCAUAUUUGACGUGCAGAAGAUGAAGGAACAGAUGCUGGAGUUCGAGCUGGACAUGGAGAAGAUGCCGUUGGGUAAGCUGUCGAAGAAGCAACUGCUGAGCGCCUGCUCUGUGCUCAAGAAGUUGUCCAAAUUGGUGGUGAAGAAGCAGCCGAACACAUCCCAACUGAAGUCGGCCACCAAUGAGUUCUAUACACUGAUUCCCCACAACUUCGGUACCGAACGGCCGCCGCUCAUCGACACGGAGGCCGCCAUCAAGACUAAGAUGGAUAUGUUGGACGCGCUUCUGGACAUUGAGAUGGCCUACGAUAUGAUCACUUCGGAGAACAAACCCGACGCCGAGGACUUGGAUCCGAUCGAUCAGCACUACAGGAAACUCAAGACAACGAUCGAGCCGUUGAGCAAAGAGGAGGAAGAGUUCGAGAUAAUUGAGAAGUAUCUUAAGAAUACUCACGGCUCGACCCAUCACUUCUCGCUCGACAUUAUGGACGCGUUUAAGAUUGAACGCGAGGGCGAAUCGGAACGGUUCCAGAAGCACAAGGACUCGGAUAAUCGGCUUCUUCUAUGGCACGGCUCCCGUGUGACCAAUUUUGCGGGCAUUCUGUCGCAGGGCCUCCGCAUUGCGCCCCCGGAGGCGCCCGUCACUGGCUAUAUGUUCGGCAAAGGAAUCUAUUUUGCAGAUAUGGUCACAAAGAGUGCCGGCUAUUGUCACUAUCAGUCCAAUAAGAAUGUCGGCUAUCUGUUGCUCAGCGAAGUGGCCAUCGGAGAGACUUGGGAUCUAAUGGACGCCAAAGACGUGACAUCACUGCCCAAAGGGAAGCAUAGCGUGAAAGGUGUGGGACAGACACAGCCCGACCCCAAGGCGUAUCACGUGAUGCCUAACGGGACUCGAGUGCCGUUCGGCACAGCCGUCAAGAGUGACCAGAAGUGUUCGCUUCUGUACAACGAGUUCAUUGUCUACGAUAUAAAUCAAGUGAACGUCAAAUAUCUGCUGAAAUGUCAGUUCAAAUCGAAAAUGACUUGGAACAUCUGUCAAUACCUGUACACGAAUGGCGUAUACAAUGGGAUCAGACUAUACAGACAUUGGGAACAGUCUUCGCAGACAUCGACUCACAGAAUGUACGCCAAAGGAAACGAGUGGUCAUUUCAUAUAGAAAACAGUGGGAACAAAGGUCUUCGUGUGUCCAGUAAUGUCUCGAGUGUUGAAUCCAUCGACAAAUCAAUUGUUAACAUAUUUUCUGGUCUAAUACCGACCAACGGCUACACCAAUAAUCCGGGUCUUUAUGGGAUUACGCCAGAAAACACUGGAUUAACGUCUUCGGGGACCAACUGUUCCAUACCUCAGAGCACAGGCACUGUAUUUGACGAUAGCGUACACUACUAUAGACAGGGAAUUAUCUUCAGUCCAGUUGUCGGCCGUAAAGACAGACCAAACAAUUAUGCGAUAGUUUUGAAAACAAGCGACCAUUCGGUGGAAGUGUUGCGCGUAUCGGACGACCCGAAGAACCUGUUGGCCAUCAUUACUGAUCCAUCGACUUGUAAAUCGCCAGAGUGUCAGCCGUUGAUGAUUACCACUGAAUUGCCCGACAAAUUGUUGGACAAAUUAGAGGGUAUUGUUGACUAUGAAGUGUCCGCUGAAUCGGCGGGACAUAUGUUGUGGUUCGCCAUCAAUGGUCAGCCCAUGUAUUGCUUCACUCCCGAAGGCAAACGACUUUCGGAACAGUGCAAAUCCAGUGACAAAAUGAUUGCAAUUGAUUGUAAAGUUACCAAAGGUUUUAUUGGUUUACUAAUCAGCAACUAUUUACUCCUCGUAUUGGCUCUGUUUGUCAUACUAUCGGUCGGUAUUUUGAUUGUAUUCAGUGUUUUCGACAAAAAAGAGAUCGAAAGUGAAGUCGAAAAUUCUGGUCAAAUGUCUGUCAAAACCGAUUCCUGA